CGGGAGUUUUCAGCGAAAUGAACGGGCACACAAGCCCAGCGUUCGCAUACGCAACGAACGCAAACUACCACCAAGUGUCUCAUUAUCGGCCGCAGUUUGGACUUGGCCAAGACAAUCUUUACAGCUAUGGCCACCGAAAUAAUGUUGAGGACCAAGGACUUAAGAAUGGUACGGACCAAAAUUCGCUGUUCUAUCUGUCACCAAACCGGCCAAAUUACAGAUUUUCAACACCAGACUGCAGUACACAAUCAGGAGGCGCUUCGCCGCCAAAAUUUAAAAAAUCGGAAACUUGUCUCGGUGGCGUUAACCAACUUUCUCGUCCAAGUAGUGUCACUAGUGUCACAAGUGAUGAGUGUAUUUCUAAGGACAGUGAUGAGCACACACAUGUGGUUAUUCCGGGGCCGAAUGGGGCGACCAGGAGUUGCCUGAUGUGGGCCUGCAAGGCCUGCAAAAAGAAGGCAUCGCCCACUGACAGACGACGGGCCGCGACCAUGCGCGAACGCAGGCGUUUGGAGAAAAUUAAUGACGCUUUUGAAGCGCUGAAGAAAAGGACUUGUACGAAUCCGAACCAGCGAUUACCCAAGCUGGAGAUACUCAGAAGUGCUAUAGAAUAUAUCGAAAAUCUGGAGGAUUUACUGGAGUCAAGUAAUCCUACACCGCAGGGACCAUGUCUUGAAGACAGCAGGAGGAAAUAUUUGAAUGGUGUUUUUAAUGCGCCUUCAUACUGGACCAUGGAUUCUUGGAAAUAUCCUCAAAAUAAUAGCAAUAUGUUUCAAGCAGCAGGAGCGGACCUCUCCAACGGUUACGGGGACAAAUCAAGUAUCGACUGCCUGACAUCGAUGGUGGACAAUCUACACAGGUCAUCUAUUCAGUGCUGAGCCCCCCAGAAUCAGAUGAACGAGAAAUUGACAACUGAGAAUAUAGUGUAGUGUUCAAAACGAAAGACUGAGAACGAAGGACUUCGAAGAUAGCGAUGGCCACGUAUUAGUAAAGCACAUCAACACUAACAUCCUCCCACGUCAGGCCUUCGCGUUCCAAAAAUUCACCAAUCAAAGUGUGUCACUUUAUAUUUGUCUGGGCUCCGGAUCUAACUCUCGCGCUGCCAAAAUCGAGGCCGGCGAACCAGGCUACUGCUUUGCGCCUGCCAUGGGAGGACGAACAACAAGGAUUAUUUGGCGUUGAAGAACACACGUCGUUACUGAUGGAGUAUACUGCAAAUACUAGACCUAAUUUAUUGUUAAGAAACAUAAUUCAAGUAUGCUAUCAUAUCUGUAAAUAAAAACAACAAAUCAAUCAAUAAAGCGACCAAGGAUGAAAUGAAAGUAAACCAUAGUUUCGUUUGUGGAUGCUUGCCAACA